CGAAGCCUCACCACGGCGUUCUUCAGAGACGCGAUGGGCUUUCUACUCAUGUUUGACCUCACCAACCAACAGAGCUUCUUGAACGUCAGGAACUGGAUGAGUCAGCUCCAAGCCAAUGCCUACUGCGAGAGCCCGGACAUAGUCCUCCUGGGCAACAAGGGUGAUUUACUCCACCAACGGGAGGUCACGGAGAAGCAGGCGAAAGAGCUGGCCGAGAAAUACGGGAUCCCCUACUUGGAGACAAACGCCGCCACC